AUGGCACAGAUCGAAGAAUAUACGUGGAUUUUGGAUUUUAAUUUUACCUAUGAUUAUUUCAAUGCAUCAUAUAUGAUAAUAAGUGACUCGUCUAGAGACACGUCAAACGGAAGACUAGCGGUGCAAUGGAUUCUCCUUGGCUUAUACAUUCUUACAACGGCUAUUGCAGUUCCCGGAAAUUUAAUCAUGACUUGGCAUUAUAGACCGAAGAAGAACUGGAGAAAUAAAAACAUUUUCAUCAGCAGUCUUGCGAUUAGUGACCUAGGACUUGUAAUCAUUUCUAUUCCCUUUAAAGUGAUAGGUCAGCAUCUUUACCAAUCUUGGCCAUAUUUUGACCUGUUAUGUCCUUUUUCAGCCUACCUCCAUUUGGUGCUAGUUGUACACCGUUCCCAGUCUCUUAUGUUGUUGACUGUCUAUAGACAUUACGUGAUAUUUCGAUCUCCACAAAAAGUGUCUUUAGUUGUUCAAGGCAAAGUCACAUAUUUGCUCACCUUGCUAUGUUCCUUCUUGGUAGCAUUGCCCAUUGCUAUGUAUUCAAGGGUGCAAUAUUUCAAUGUAGGGUUUCAAACAAGAAAAAUGUGUGUGGAAGAGUGGAACUCCAGCAAAGAACGACUUUACUACACCAUUGCAAUAAUGGUCAUGCAAUAUAUAGUCCCACUUCUGAUACUAUGUUUCUCAAACUUUUAUAUUGGAUUUCUUGUCUGGGCCCGAAAACCACCAGGGGAAAACCAUCCUCAGAAAAUCAAAGAAAUGUACUUGGCAAAACGACGGACUGUCAAAGUUCUCAUUUGCGUUGCUGUAUCCUACGCAAUCUCCUGGCUUCCUCUUCAUGUAACCACAAUCGUGGGCAGCAACAACAACCAGCUGAUGAGUCAAGAGUACAUGCAAGUCUUCUGGAUGUUCUCUCAUUGGUUCGCCUUCACCAACUGUGCCGUUCAUCCUAUAAAUUAUUUUGUGAUGGAUAAAGAUUUUAGAAAAAAAACCAAGAACAUGUUUGGAAAAAUGUGCUGUUUGUGUCUUAAAACUCAGCUACAGUUGCAUCACCGUAACAGAGAUUCACUGCCAUCUCAUAACACUUUAAGGACCAGCAUCAAAGGAGGAUUGGUGACUAAAGUGUGAAUAAUAAAAAAAAUGUACAAACAAAUCAUUUCAUUUUUUUCAAUAUUUAUACAAAAGGUUAUGAAAAAGGUUUAUCAGAUCGUGC